AUGGCGGCUGCAAAGCCGUGGUUUUACACUAUAAGAAAGCAUCGAAAAAAGUCUAUAGCUGCUGCAUUGUUCGCUGGCUGGCUGACAAAUUAUGGAGUUAAUAAGUAUAGGUAAUCUAGAGGUGGAAAAUAUUUUGGUGUUAGUAGCUACAGAACGUAGCCUUGAUCAUGAAUUAACAGCCUUGUUUGUGUCUAUUCCUAACAGAGAAUACAUGAUAAGAAGGGAAUUGUGCCUGGAAGCAAAGGUAAGUGAUUCAAGAAAUUUUUUUUUCUUUUAAGAAUUAUAUUUGGUUGCAAGGAAUUUGGUUGAAAAGUUCAGAAGAGGUCAAUCCAAUCACAAUUCAUUAAAGAUAGGGCUCUUGACAAACUGUUCGACAGUAAUUUGCUUCCUAAGUGUAGCUGCUGUGAUCGGCUCAAGGAUUUUCUAAUUUCAUUAAUUUUAGUACAGCUAAAUAAAAGCACUCUAGCUAGCUUACCUGUAAGUACUGAUGUUUUCUUGCUGAUAUCUUCACUCUAGCAGUACAACCUAUUUUUUUCCAUAAAAUGAUGGCUCUGGUGGAUCUUAAGCGUGAUAUCAAAUGCUGGAGUCAUUUUAAGUGUAAAAAAUAAUUAUCACCUGAUUGAAAGUUGCUCAGUAGCUUCAAUUUUUAACAAGAAUAAUAUUAAAAAAUUUGAUUUGAAGUAACUUAACAGUGUAGUUAUGGCAUUUAUUUGAAGGUUAUUUAAAGUGCUUUAAGUUCACUGAGCUUGUAAUUAAUUUGGGCUAAACUGUGUGCUACUCUUGCUCCCACUGACUCUGAGCCCUGUGACUUAACUUUGAUUAUAGGUUUAUGGUGAGACAACACUGCCAUCUCUAAAGAAACCGAGGAGACUGACAUUGUUUUUCAAUCCAGCAGCUGGAAGGUAGGUAUAGCAACAGUCAGAACAUCCUGAAAACAAGAUGCUUCAUAUUUUACAGCUUGCAGAUGUUGAAAAUAAAUUUUAUUUGCAUACAAAAGCAGUGUCUCACAAACAAUUAUACAAUCGGCGACAAAAUUGUUGAGACAUUGUACUCAAAUAGGCUAACUUCUGAAACAUAAGAAUCCACACCCCUCCCCUGUCCCCUCCAUUCAAAGCUGGGAUGUUUCUUGUUUUCUAAAGGUAGCUCGAACAGUGGAACAACAUUGCAUGGAGGGGAUGGGGGAGGAAACGCUACCUUUUCCCCUUUUGAAGUCCGGAUAACGUCAAAAAGUCCAUUUAGGGCGAAGUGUCUCAACUCAUUUUGUCGCCGAUUGUAGGUGGCUAAUUAUCCCAUGUGAGACUGAGAGGGCAUUGCAUUGCAAGUGUUUUGUAUUUGGCUGCAUUUUCAUCCUCAAUUAGAGAAGUGCAAUACUUUAUACUGUACAUGUAUGUAAGACACUAUGUUACAACUAUGUUUUCAUAUUUUUGUAUUUCUAUAUCCAUCAUAAAAAAAUUAGCACCAAAGACAGUCCUUAGCCACAAAGCUCUCAGAAACCUCUUUCUUCAUUGGCCUCCAAAAACAAACCUGCUAUUGUUUUUAGAGGUAUUGUUUGGCUCAUUUAUCUGUUGUUAUGUUGCGCUAAGGAACAGCCUGUUCUGAGAGCUUCGUGGUACCUUAAACAACUGGCCAAAAAGCUACAGGGUUAUUGUAAGCUAUCGGUUUUAACCUCUAUAUAGAAUUAAUUUAUUAUUCAUGGUGGGUGCUCAGAUAUAUUUGCCAAAUAUGCUAAAAAGAAAACUUGGAAAUUAAACAGCUAUUUACAUAAAAUUCCUUCUUUUUUCCCCUUUUAGUGGAAGUGCUGAUACACUUUUAAAGAAAAAUGCUGAACCUAUACUUCAUAUAGCAGGCCUAGACAUAACCAUUGUUAAGGUACCGUGUACUUAAACAUUUUUUAUUUAUUAAUAAUAAUAACUCGUGGUUAUUAAGCUAAAUUCUCAGUAAGCUUUCUCUUCAAGUCUGCCUAUGAAAUUCUACCAUUCAAAUCAGAUGAAAGCUGUCAAGAUUGCUUUCAUGCUAUUAUUGCUUAAUAUCAUGCUUUUAAUUUUCCUGAUGUUUAUUCUUCACCAACUACUUCAAAACUUUUACCAGAUAUGUCCAGGGAAGCAAAUGUAUGGGAUUCAGGUACUUUUAUAUGAUAGACAUGCCCUAAUCCUCAUCUAAACACAAGGAAUUAGAACUGUCUGCAUAUAAAGUCAAUGGAAAUAAAAAAUAUUGUGUCUAAUAUGAAGUUCCUAUUAAAUUUCCAAGUUUUCUUGCACUUCUGGACUUGUACACAACUGUAGAGUACUUGAUUUAUCUUGUAAAAAAUGCUAAGUUUUUGAGGAUGGAAAAUUAUUUGACAAAUAUGGCAUGCAAAUGUUCUUUUUUCAGACAGAUUAUGAAGGGCAAAUUAAAACCUUGACACAGUAUAUUGAUCCAAAAACAGAUGGAAUUAUUGUUGCUGGAGGAGAUGGCACUCUGCUUGAGGUGAGAAGCAAGAUCUUGUAUCUUACAUAUCAAAUUUCCUGUUAAUGCAGGCUAGAUUUUCAAAACAAAUAUAACUUGAGGAUUUAAAUUUUUAAAGACCUGUUUCGGAUGUAUCAGCAUCUAUCGUCAUGCUUCAAGGAUCUUAACAAAAUAGUGGCAAAUAAUAUAUAGUUGUAUACAGUUGAAUAACAAAGGUGUCAAUAAUAUUAUUAUUCAUUUGGCACUCUUUAUUACAUACUAUACAUUAUAAUAACAAAAGUAAGUAGAUACAAAAUGACAUUCUACUUGGCAAGUAUAGAAGAAAAUGUGGAUACGAAUGACAUUAUACAUUCUGUACAGAAAAAAAAAACACAGAAUUGAAAAAACAAAAGGAAGUAUAACUCUUUGAGUUAAGGGUGGGUCAUUCCCAUGCACUGUUUAGGGCUUCUAUGAUUUUACUUAAAUAAGUUGGAAAAGAGUGGGAGAUGAGUCCAGGUUGGAAAACCAAGGCCCAGAACAGAACAAAGAUUCUAAUACAUGGCACCAAACCCUGCAUGAAUGUGAGAAUUAUGAUUUAAAACUUAAAUGCUAGCAAACCCAAAUGGCACCAAACCCUUUUUGAAUGUAAGAAUUGUGAUCUAACAAUUAAACACUAGCAAACCCUUGAGCCAAAAUGUCUGGUGGUCUCACUGACACAGCAAGCCUAAUACAGCCUGCUGAUGUAUAUAUUAUACUUCUAAACCACCUAAGAAUGUAGUGCAUCAUGUGGAUCAUAAUUAUAUUUUAACUCUAAACUUGCUACCAUUAUGUAACUUUAUAUGCAUGUAAGAAGUAAAUUAAACCUGAUGUCCAGAUUCUUACAAUAUUUCAACAUUGUGCUAAAAGGAAGAAAGUGCAGAUAACUGGUACUAAUUUGAAAAACACCUUAAUGCUGAAAUAAAAUAAUUAAUAAUGUCUUCUUUGGGUAGAUGAGUCAGGGCCACCCAACAACCAAAUGGUUCUAAAUACACCAGAAGUGUCUCAAAUGGUUUUCUCUGUACUUCAGAAGCCUGUUUGGCUAAUUUGGAGUUGCCCUAAAAACUAUUUAUCUGUUCAGAUGUCUUAGGCGAACUUUGGUCAUCAUAAAAGUUUUAGGUGGCUUUUUCAUCUCAUCAGAAAGCGUUAGCUACCUUUAUGGGUCUGGUGGAAAGUACGAGGACAUGAAGUAGCCAUGCUUCCUUUAGAAAAUUUUAGGGUACAUUAAAGUCUUUACACCAAAAGUUUUUAUAGGAGACCCUUUUUUAACAACAAUCGCAAUAUCUUGGUAUUAAAAAUAAAUGGGACUAACACAACCUACGAAAAUCGUAGUUGAGCUGUUAGAAAAUGUCCGAAUAUUUUAGACAAAUGGAACGGUUAUCUAGGAAGUUUUCACUUUUCACCAGCUUUAGAAACUUCUCGGCAAUAUUUGCUCCUUCGAACAGUCAUUUUACAGAAAAAAGUCGCUGGGUGCCCCUGAUGAGUUGAGAGGUUGUAGAACUUAAUCUGAAGUACUGUUUAAAAAAUGAGCUGGAAUGUAUUAUAAGGUUAAAAAACUUGAGGUGAAGCUGAGAGUUUUUAAACCUGAUAAAACACCACUGUGAUUUUUUUGAGUGGCUUUAAAAUCUCUUAUUUAGAUCAACUCAUUCUGGUACUAAUAUUUAGAUUUGGGGUUAUUUUGGUCUAAAAAAUUGGAUGUAUAGUUUAGCUGUGCCUAGACAGAAAGACACUCAUUAAACAUUGAUUUCUUUAAUUUGUGUAUUCUUAAUGAAUUACAUUUGUGUAAUGUAGAUGUAAGGUAGAUGUAAUUUGCCACCCUUUGAGAAACUCUGGGAGAAACUAUUUUUCAACAGAAUGCAUGGAUGUUGGAUGUCUGCAGUGUGUAAACCACUUCUGAUUUUUCCCAUUGAUGUCCAUCAAAUGACAUCCCUUCUGUUGAAAAAUGUUUUUCCAUGCAGCAUUAACAAAGCCUGGGUAAAAAAUCAUGUGUCUUUUUCCUUGUUUGUGGCUUUAGGUCGUAACAGGAUUGCUAAGACGGAGUGAUCAGGUACAUUAUUUCACAUAAUAGUCUGCCUACUUCGACCUCUGCUUGUUAUUUCAUUUUACAGUUUUUGUUUGAAAGGUAAUAUUAACAGUAUUAUUUAAAUUUCUGUUUUUGUUUGCCAGGAAGAAAUUUCUAAGAUUCCCAUUGGAGUGAUUCCUCUUGGAACCCAUAAUUCAUUCUGUAACAGACUUUUUGCCAACAAACAUGUGGCAGAGGCAAGGUAGGAGAAGUAAAUUUUAACUUACAUGUUACAUGACGUGUACAGUUUAGUAGAAUACAAUGUAUUUUGCUCAUUUAUGUUGACUCUGUGACGUGACAUUACAUCUAAGGACAUUCUACUUUUCCCUAGAACUAUUGGAAAUGCAGCAUUGGCCAUCGUCAAAGGUUACAUCAGGCCAGUGGAUGUGAUGGAGAUUAAGGUCAGUUUUUAUCAUGAUUGAAACUGGAAAUAUCAUAAUGCGAUCAAACACAUGUAGUAUGUGAAUGCAUUGAUUUAAUUAAUUUUAGGACUCUGCAUGGACCCAGUAGCUCAAACGACAAUAUUAUUAACACAAACCUAAAUAGUUAAACAUUUUCACCCUUAUACUGAGGAUAUAUUUAACAAUUAUUCCUCGAGCCUGAAUGGGCUCUGAGUCAAUAGCUCAUGAGGCCGGAGGCCGAAUGGGCUAUUGACUCAGAGGCCAUGAGGGUGAGAGGAAUAAUUGUUUCAGUAAAAUCCAACUAGUUGGUCAAAAAUAUCGAGAAUAAAAAAAAUUAAGCUAGUUAAAGCUAGACUUUAAUCCUUCUUUGCCGCCAAAAAGCUCGUGCUUAUGGCUACUAGUGGGCUAUAACAUAUAGCCUAGUAGUAGCUCAACCAAUCAGAACGUAGCACUGAUAAUAGACCACUAGCUGGAUUUUACUAAUAAAUAUUAUAAGUUAAAAUUUAACUAGGUGAGUAAAACCUUAACUAUACAAUGUAUUUUAUACAAUUAUAGGUUUCAGUUACUUGGUUACUUCCUGACUGUAAAUGAUGAAAGUUUGUACAAAAUAAUAUUCAGUUAGCCCUCGGCCCGUACCUUUAAUCAGUACUGUGAUAUUCACAUAUUUACACUACAAUUUAAUGACAAACAUUAUUUUGUUUAGGCCCCAACGUACGGUUCAAAAUUUUGCUUGUCAAUUUAUUAUUGAACAAAUUUGGGCAUCCAUAGAGGCAGCUUUCCUUUCUUUUGUUUCAGGGUGAUGAAGGUCGUUCAACUUUUGCGAUGUCUAAGCUUCAAUGGGGUGCUUUUAGAGAUGCAAAUGAAAAGCAAGACAAGUAAAAAGUUUAUUUACAUUAUUUACAUCCAAUACUUGAAUUAUUAUUACCAGGCAGCUUUGCUUCUUUCUUUCUGAGAACAGGCAUCCACAAAUUUUAAUAAUUAAAAUUUUCUCUUGGGAAGUUUUUUUGUUGUCUAGUUGUGUACACACUGCCCUUUCUGGGAAUUAUUUUCUUGAAUCAAGGGAACCCCUAAUCCUGACAACCCUGGUCAGUGUACUGAACCCAUUAUGGGCUUAGAAGGAAAAACAGAUUAUUAAUUUUUAUUCAAUAGUGGACCAGUAAAGAUGAAAUAACCAUUAAACAGUAGUUUAACCUUUUACCAUCCAGGAGUGGUUUAACACUGACUCUGACUAGUGUAUAUGGGCUUAGAAGGAAAAACAGAUUAUUAAUUUUUAUUCAAUAGUGGACCAGUAAAGAUGAAAUAACCAUUAAACAGUAGUUUAACCUUUUACCAUCCAGGAGUGGUUUAACACUGACUCUGACUAGUGUACCAAGAACCUUGAUGAAUUGUUUGUUAGAACAGGCUGGGGUAUACAAGUAUUAGUGGCAGCGUGUAAAGAAAGUCGUCUCUGAUAGCCCAGGGCUAGUGGAUUUUGCUAUCGGGCUAGCGUACAGACGUAUUGUAAUCAAUCCUGCUAAUCAAAAAGGGUUUUGGGGCUAGUUGAAAUGACUUGUGGUACAUUCUAGCUACAGCUUGCCCAAAUGGCAGGCUGUAAUACUGACUUUCUUUGCACCCUGAGUGGUAUAUCAAUCACUAUAAACUGGGGUCCUGUUCCAUACAUUCUGAUUUCUACAUGUAACCCUUUAAACCCUAAAUUUGCAUUUUGCCCCAAACAUUUCCUAUGAAAGAAGUGGGGAUUGAACUGUUGACUUUUUUUUACAUGUACAUGUAUCCCCUAAUUAUGGUGGCCCACAACUGUCAUGGCAAAACCAAAAACCUCACGGCAAAAACAAAAUACCUCACGGCAAAACCGAAAACCUCACAGCAAAAACAAAAACCUCACGGCAAAACCAAAAAUAGCCCACGUGGCAGGCGUUUGAAAAGGAAGAGGAAGGGAAUUUGGGCGCGAACGAAGGCUAAAGCAAAAACCUCACGGCAACAACAAAAUACGUCAUGACAAGACCAAAAACCUCACCGCAAAACCAAAGACCUCACAGCAAAACCAAAUACUUCACAGCAAAAACCAAAUACCUCACGGCAAAAGCAAAUUCCCACGUCAAAACCAAAGCUAUUUUGCUUUUGCUGUGAAGUAUUUGGUUUUGCUGUGAGGUUUUUGGUUUUGCCGUGAGGUAUUUUGUUGUUUUACCCCUGAGGUUUUGGGUUUUGCUGUGAGGUUUUUGGUUUUGCCGUGACAGUUGUGGGCCACCAUACCUAAUGCUUGUGACCACUCUGUUUUAUAAGCAUACCAGCUACAUGUUUGACAAGGAGGAAUUUGGUGGGAUGAUUGUUCUUAGUUGCCAAAUGAAAAAAAAAAAAAAGAAAGAUACAAUUUUGUAAAUUUAAUAGCAAAGUGCAAAAGUUGUGACAGGAUUUCACCCACAGAUUAAAGACAAAUAAUUUUCAUUUGCCAUAUAAAUAAUAUUGUGGUCUGGGAGUGAAGGGAAUUUAGAUCAUAAAUGGGAUUUCAUAGGGGUUCUUGACAUGACUGUGUAUCAGGGUUUUACUGUGCUUCAGUGUGCAAAGAAAGUCCUGUCUGAUAGCCCAGGGCUAGUGGAUUUUGCUACCAGGCUAGUGUUUUUUGUUCUUAACUUGCCAGACGAGCAAGUGCUGUUUUUUUUGGGGGGGGAAAUUCAAAUUACAGACGGAUUGUAAUUAAUCCUGCUAAUCAAAAAGGGUUUUAGGGCUAGUUGAAAUGACUUGUGGGCUAGUAUAUGCUAACUACAGCUUGCCCGAAUGGCAGGCUGUAAACCAGACUUUUUUUGCACCCUGGUGCUUAUUAGGCAUUUUGAUUUAAUAAGGAACUUAUAUCAAAUACUUGUUUUAUAAGGUUUUGGAUGGCUGGCCCCUUCAGGAGGAAAAUGUCAUACCUUGUAGCAGCUUUCAAGGUGUGUAGAAAACAGUGUGGGUUAUACUCUACGAAAUAAGGCUUUAAAGACUGAGCAUAAGUAACCAAUUCAAGGUUUAUGGGAUUCUCUCUUGUGCAAAUCAAUUUAAAAACUCGUCAUUUUCUUUUAAGAGUCCUUGGAGUAAUUAUUGAUAUUGUGAAUAUAAAGAAGAGAGGUGCACAAUGUCACAAAAAUUUUUCAAAUUUGCUAAAUCAUGGGAUUGGUUAGCAUAUUCAAAAAGAACAAGAUGAAAAAAGUCCCCUUGCCAAAAAUCAGCCUGUUUAAGUGCAAAUUGGUGCGUAGAUAUAAUCACUGGUUUGCUCUGAUGAUGCCACACAAAUCCUUCUAGAAUUGGCUUGGAUUGAAAUGUUAACAAUCCAGGCCUGUUUUAGAAGGAUUCUUACAGGGUCAUCAGAGCAUAACAUUGCUUACAAUGUAUAUCUCCUCACCAAUUUGCAGCUGCUUUUUUGCAAGUGAACAUUUUUCAUCUUGUUCUUGCUGGAUAUGCCAAUCAUUCCCAUAAUUUCACAGAGUUGGUUUUUGUGAUGUCAUCACUUCUGUUCUCUUUGUUUGAAAAUCAUAAACUGUAUUUGGACAUAUCUGAUGCUUUUCAUAAGUUACUCUUUACUUUUAGGAAUGGCCUCCAGUUGUUAAUACCCUCCUUACUUACCCAACAAACCAGCUAGUAGAGAACAACAGGUCAUUGAAGAAUACAUCAUCAAGCCCAUUGGGGCAAGUUGCAUCCCAUGUUCUGGCUACAGCUAACUGCGAGACAACCAUUGAACCACAGGGAAGGCAUCUUCUUGCAGAAGCUGGUAGCAUUGUCUCAGAUGGAUGGAUUGCUAGUCCUGUUCAAACUUUUGGUCUUACUGUGAAGCCAUUCAGGAAAGCAGGUGCACAGGUAUACAUUGUACAAUGUACCAUAAUAUAACUUGAUGAAACGAAGAAAAACAAACCGACAGAAAGACACUCUUCGCAAAGCAAGCCUAUGGGUUGCCUGGAGAGCCACAAUGCACCUUGAUGUCAAGAUGGACACCAACCAAACUCGAUAGACUCAUAGCAAAGAGAUGACUGCACCUGGCUUGCAAUCCUCAUGGGAGUCAUACGUGUUGCAAAUUGCGACAAAAUUUGAAACUCGCUUUCGCAAGGAAUAAAUAAUUAUUAAUAAUGACCCAAAUAACACUGCAUGACCUGUAGAUUUUAGGAUUGGUUACUCUGUGUGGGUACAACUUCACAAUAAUUUUGUUUAAUAAAUCUGUAGGACGACAGUUUUCUUGAAGUGAAAUUAUGGCCAUCAGACCUCACAAAGACAGAGUUUAUCGAAACUGGGUAAGUCAUCAAAUCCUUGGCAAGUCUUUUUCUAUUCUGAUUUGUUAAUAAAAUUAAAAAUCUAAAACAAACAUAUGGAAGUUUCCCUUUCCAGUUAACAUGGGUUCAAUGCUUUUUUUAGCACAAUAGCCUUGCAAAAUUACACAGCCAAGUUAUGAUCGCCUGUCUGGAAAAUGAUACAGUUUUAUAUAAUAAUUAUUUAAAUUUAAUUUUUUAAAAAUUCUUCACACAACAGAUGGAAGAUGGAAAAGAUGGAAAAGGAAGAAAAAGAAGGAAGCUACAACCAAGACAAUUCCUCAAGUAAUGUAUUUUGUAUUCCCAGAUGCUUUUAAUCAUUGUGUUUGUGCUUCAGGGUUGCAAAAAACCUUGUGAUUGUCCUGGACAAAAAAAGUAGACCCAAGCAAAUUUUCCUGUUCGGCAAGCAACUUUUGGUAGCUUAUGGGAAAAAGCCCAGGCAAAUCACCUUUUUAUUUAAUCACAGACUUUCAAAAAAGCAUGCAGAGGCCCUUAACAAGCAAAGUAUUGAAGCUCUUGUUUAUCUUAGGGACCAGCUGAAAUUCAAAUUUUCUUCAGUCUCUGAUGCUCUAAGUUGUUAGAGAUGAACUGUCAGUAUAGUAGCUGUCAUUUUUAUUUUGUCAACCACUUAACUAUAAAAGCAAACAGUGAUGCUUAAAAAAACAUUAUAUUAUCUUCUGCAGGACACAGAUGUUUGAUUGUAAAACAACUGAAGCUGGAACCCAGGGAUGAAAAGGUUGAGUUUUCUUGACAGAUUAUUUGUUUCUUUUUUUUUUUUUGGCAUUUUUCAAUGGUCUUAAAACAAUAUUUUCUUCAGCGUGUUAUUGAAAUUCAAAGCUUCUCAUAUAGUUAUUUCCCUUUUUUGUAGGUCUCAUGGUUUUCUAUUGAUGGUGAGCCAUUUGAAGCCAGGGCAAUAACAAUAGACCUUCUACCCAAAAAACUCCACUUUUUCUUUAAUCCAGAAAAGCCAAAUGUGAAUUUUUUUUACAGUUGAUGAAGUUAGUAGGACAUAUUUUUGGAAGCUCAUCUGAUGGUAAGAGAUUGUACCUCCUGCCGGAAAAGUGACUUCACAGCAGAAUCAUAGCAGUAACUCCUCCACAUGUACAUACAGGAAAACGUUCUCAAGAAGACUGUUUCAUGAACUAAGAAGAUUUAUGUUUGUACUCUAAAGGGGAAUUGCGUGGUUAAGGAGAAUCAUACACUAAGAAACUACAGUACUGAAGUAUAACAGUUACUGCAACCAAAGAACAGUUACUGCAAUGGACACACAUUAUAAUCAGUUAUUUACAUGUAUCCUGUUUUAUAAACUGUACAUGUAAAUAAAAAUAAAUGAAAUAAAAAAUUUUGAAAACAUUUUUAUUGACAUUUGACAUGGAAAUUAUUAAAAAUUUUCAUUCCAGAAUUUCAUUACUGUCUGUAUUGGCAUUUUACUGUUAAAAUAGGGAAUUUUCUCCUGUUAUGGUUGACAUUAAAGAUGAUUAGUGACCAAACGAGACAACAAAAAGAAAAAAGAAAAAAAAGGUGCAUACUCCACUGAGAGGGCAAUUAAACUUCGUUUAGAUACACUGUAUGGCUUGAUUAUUUUUCCCUUUUUCUGACAUUAUUUUUCUUUAUUCCACUUCUGCUUAGAUGUUAUGGAGUUGUCAAUAACAAUAUUUUG